ACAGGACCUCUCCUAUGGUGACAAUAGGACAUGAUGGUCACUACUUCUUCUAAUACAAGAACUACAAGGCUCCAAGUACUACAAGUAAAGAACAGGUUCAAAUCAAACAAAAGCAGGCAAUUUCUCACACAGGCAAGGCUGGUCUGUGAAAUUGCUGAGUAAAGGAUGUGGUAGAUGCUAGCCAGUUUACUGUUUCAAAAAACAGCUGGGCAAUUUCAUGGCAGAGAACUUGACCAACAGGUGUCAAGUGGAAAUAAAAUAGAAAAAAAAGCCCAAUUAAACAACAAACCAACAACUCACAUCCCAUACACUGACUUGCAAUUCUCCCAAUCAUAAAAUUGCUUAGGAAACUACUCUGAGAGUACAUCACUAAGAAUUGUUAAAUUCCUCCCCAGAUUUUUCCCCAAUUAAAGACCAUUGCCAAUGCACAACAACAACCUACGAAGACCUUGAACAGUGCUCCAUCCAUUAUUGUGUAGACAUCUCUUUUUUUAGCUAAUAAACCCUUCUAAACACGAGCAUCAUUUUCAAAGCAGUUGCUCACAUUUUAAUUUCAUAAUGCUUCACUCACUCUGUCUCUCCCUUGCCCUCCCUUUCUCUCUUUUCAGGUUAAGGAAAAUCCAGAUGGGGUGCAGGUGCUGCAAAAUGAUACAAAGCUAUAUCUUUGAUCCAGAAGAGGUACAAUCAUCUGGAUGCAUUCAUGAAGUAAACAGCUAUAAACACAAUGAACAAGGCAGCAAUAAAGCAAAAUUCAAAGAAAACAGUGAAAAUGAAGAACCCAAAAAUGAACUCCAGCAGGAUGAGAUAAACAAAACAGAAAAUAAAAAUCCAGUAAACAGCACAACAGAAACUCUCAGGAAUCACAGAGGCAAUGAUUCUCAGGAGGAUGGCCUUGUGAAGUGUGCUGCAAAGCUUGAUGUUGCAGUCAAUGGUGGCAACUCCUGUGCUCAGCACUCCAUGCUCAACCCCAACACAAGCCCAGUGAAAGAAUCCAGUGAAAAGGGAACCUCCAGCCAGUCAGAGGCUUCUCCAGCCAGCAACAGAGACUUUCACACCGAGUCAAAUAGGUCUGGACAAGAGCUUGACCUAGAGAGAGGCAGUCAGAGUAAGGCAGCCAGCAACGUGCCUAACAGUAUUCCAGACUCCCAGUCUGCAGGAGAAAGCAUCUUACGCAAAGGAAACUCAACACUGGAAACAGUAAACAAUACCAUAAAACUGCCAGACAUUGAUUAUCCUCAAAAUGGGAAUCAAACUGGGAACUGUGUUGAAAAAGACAGCUUUUCAGUCAAUUGCAUACAUUCAGACCAAAACACUGGUACUUCAGCAAUACGGGACCAGGACCUUCAUGCAAUCCCACCCUGGCCUGUGAAAGAGAGCAGUAUUGAACCUUUUAGAACAGACUCUGCAAGUUUGAGUGAGAGCCUUGCUGCUGGUAUCACUCCAGUGGCUGCUACCAAAGUCCCACAGGCACCCACGCACACCAACAAUAAAGAGGCCAAUGGAGGAAUUGAGGAGGAAGAUGCAGAAGUUGCAGCAGCUCUGGCUGCUCUGGAAGCUGCAACAGCAGGAGAAGAUGUGGAAGAUGAUGAUGAGUACUAGAUGGUUUCUUUCUAACACAGUGGGUAAGAUCCAGAUGUUAUUUCUGGAUCAAUAUGAACAGAUAUACAGCACACAGAGCUGUUUUGAACAGCUAAUAUAAAAGGAGGUGGGACUAAACCUGGGUCCCUUCAGCUGCUUUAUACAGCCUUUUAAUUUCUACUGCCUGAGGUACAGAAGAGCUCCCUUGACUAAUGGUAAUACUCUUCUCAAUGGGCCAAAACAGGAGGGCAAACAUCAUUUUGUCCACACAGAAUAUUCAGUUGUACACUCACCUCAUCUGCACUCAUGCAAGUGUUUCCUUUCUUUCCUCAUGAGGGUCUGUGCACAAUGCAUGUUCCAGGUAAACUCCCAUUAUUUAAAAUAGCAUUAUUGAAGCCAUGGAGUAAGAAACCACAUAUUUUCAUCAUUAGCAGAAAAAAACUACAUAAAUUAGCCAAAGUUCUAUGAUCUACUGAAACAUGAAACAGGGAAGGCAGCUUGGACUAAACUUUACUGUGGCUAUGUUUCCAUUAUGGAUUAAGCCUAAAUCUGUGCACGAGCACCUGGCACUGGAAUGAUAACAUCAUUUUUCCCCACACACCUCUCCCUUGACUGUGUUUGAUACCCCAAGUGUUGCUGCUUCAGUUCCUUAAAACAACAGAAGCCCAGCCAAAUCCAAGAGAGUGGGUAAUUUCUGUUGGUUUAAUGUGCUAAAGUAGCUCAUGUAAGAACUUCACACCCACUGUCAGAGAGGCCAGAGAGAUCAAAAUUCACUCCCUACCAGUUUGGACAGAUUAAAACUAUUGUAAAAUGACAGCCUGAAAUCUCUGAACUCCACUAAGUUUUCCAGGUGCAUGUCACCUGUCUUACCAAUACAAUUUUCAAACAGAUUGUGUCUCAAACAUCCCCAGCAAGAUGUGUUUUGUUUAUAUGAAAACAGCAGGAGCCAAUGUGGACUCCUCAGCUCUGCUGAAGUCCCUAAAUUUACAUCAGGAAAGGGACCAAGCUUCCAAGCUGGAUUAAGCAUAAAAUCAGAAAACAGUUGCAUUCUUGGAUGGCUGCAUUUCUAAUGGGA